AUGAGAUUCACAGCUUUCGUGACACUGGCGACAAGCUUGUCGAUGGCGACUGUCCGAGCCGCGAAAGGCUUCACAGGGGCCACUCAUCCGACUAAAUCGGGUAUCGAGAUUUGGGUGGAUCCAGCUACCCCAAGAGACCGUCAGACGUACGUAAGCUCCCGAGGCCGAAAAUGGGACCUCGUCGUGAGCGACGAGUUCAAUACCAAAAACCGCAGCUUUCGACCCGGUGAUGACCAUUUGUGGACCUCUCUCGACAAACCGGACGGUGUCAAUGGGGCUUUGGAAAUCUACUCGCAUAAUAUGACGAGCACCAAGUGUGACGACGAUGGAACGUGCUACUUUUAUAUUGAGUGUCAAGACGAAGUGAACGUCAUCAAGGUGUAUAAUAUGUACACGCACCCUCCAGGAUACCAGAGCGCCUUCUUCUACUACCGAGCUGCUAUGGUGCAGUCGUGGAACAAAUUAUGUUUCCAAGGAGGAAUGCUCGAAGUACGAGCUCAACUGCCCGGAGCUGUCUCAAAAGCGUCUAAAAACCCCGAUCUAGCACUUGGAGAAUCUGGGGAAGUCAAGACAACCAAGUUUUAUCCGACGUGGCCCGGUAUCUGGAUGAUGGGGAACUUGGGCCGCGCUAUUUUCUCGGCGUCGACGAAUCGCAUGUGGCCGUUUUCCUACGAUAAGUGUGAGCCGGAUGUAUUCGAUCCGAAGAACCAGCGUAUCAAUGCUUGUAACGACAAUCCUGGCUACGGGUUGAACCCAAAUCAAGGUCGUGGAGCUCCCGAGAUUGAUAUACUUGAAGGUAGUGGGUUAGUCAUCUCGUCGUCGCUUCAGAUUGCUCCUGGAAUGCCAAAAGACUUCCGCCUUUUUUCUCCUAACGAUGACGGGGCCAACCAGGCCUGUGUGUACAAGUACAAUUGUAUCACGCCAGGUGCAAAUAUGAUCGAAGUACCAACGUCUUACUACAAAAAGCAGCGCGGCCACAAGUCAUGGUACCAAGGCCUUCGCUACGGGGCAAACAAUCACUGUAAGCCAAAUGCCAAGGCGAAACAGGACUACGAUACUGUUGCCGCUUCUGUAAAGGCUGGUAUUACAAAGAACACAUGUAGUGUUGAUACGUGUCCGGCUUCCGUUGAUGUGAAUGGUGACUUGGGGUUUAUGGAUGACUCGAAGACUUCUCACUGGGGAAUCAACUCGAACGGAACGUGUCACAGUGUCAUGAACUCGUACAUGGGAGACUAUCUUUGUGACCCGGAUAACACCAACUUAAAGUGUACGAAACCUCGUGACCCUACUUCGCCAAAGUUCAAUUCGAUGAGUGAGUUUAACUACCAGAUAGAUGCUAUUUCGUCAAACUGGCCAGUUCACUUGGGUGCCUACCUUGGCUACCUCAAGUACCAGUUGGAAUGGGUCACGGGCGCAAACGGUUACGUUCGCUGGAUGCUGGACGGACACCCGCUUUUCGAGGUGACUACCGAAGCGUUCUCAAAUGUUCCACAAAGCAGCAAGAAGGACAACCCACAGAAGGUGAUGCUUGAGGAGCCCAUGUACCUGAUCUUUAAUGUAGCGCUGUCAAAGUCGUGGGGUACGACACCUCCGAACCCGGGCAAGGAAUGCCGUGGUAACGGAAGCGACCCCGUGGCAAAUGUAAUCUGUGACUCGUUCCCGAUGUAUAUGAAGAUCGACUACAUUCGUUUAUACCAGGAUCGAGGCGACGAUCUCGACAAGGAUAACUACAUGCAAAUUGGGUGUGAUCCUUCCAGUCACCCUACUAAGAAAUGGAUUGACGGGCACAUUGAUGAGUUUGUGGACGACGAUAACCCGUUGAUGGAGGUGUCGGGCAAAGCCUUUUGUGGUAAGGAUGAUGACUGCACGAUUGCUGGCAGUGUUGGCAGGGUGGCUCUGAAGACUGGAACUUGUGUCGAUGGGCGAUGCCAGUGCACGUAUUCGACGUCGUGGGGUGGCCCACGUUGUACUACUGCUCUGGCGGGAUCUACGAGUACUAGCGCAAGCAGUUAUUCGCAACGAGCUUUCGGCCCACCCGCGAGUCUGUCUCUAUCGAUUGGCGUAAUCAGCGUGUUUCUGUCAAUCCUUUCGGUCUGCUUUUCCAUGAAAUCGAUAAAGGAGGAGGAUGCAGCCUUGACCAAGAUGAAUGCGUAUACCAAGAUGGCUAACAAUAGCGACGAUGGAAAUGUCAGGAAUUGCUCGAUGAAUAGGAACCAUUCGAUGAAUCAGAGACCGAAGGACAACUACAGCCAGAACUUCGUUUGA